CCGAACUAUUUGGCUACUUUGACUGCUACGAAGUAUUUGACGCUGACUGUACAUACUAACCUUACAGCGAAUUCUACACUAAUUAGACUAAAACUAUUUCAUUGCAUUAUUUUUUGACCGCCAUCGGUAUAUUUGAUUAAAUUACGUUAUGUACAAUUGCACACGCCAACAUCAUUGAGACAAGCUAGCAAAUGUGAACCUUCGAAAAACAACACGUACAACGUACAAUUCUUAAAGUUCUUAGCAUUAUAAGGGUUAAAUAAAAACAUAACCAACCUUCACAUUACCAACGACAAAACUUAGUAAAAAACUGCCAAACUCCUGAUUGACAUUAACUGUCAUCAUUUCCAAAUAAGGAUAUUUACAAUAGUUACAUUAUCUUUGCAAACCAUGUCGGCGAAAUCCAUUAUAAAGUCCGCAACCAACGAAGAAGAGGACGAAAAAAAGAGCCAGAAAAAGCCCAAUCUCCAAUCCACUCUCACCAUCAAUGCAUCAAAUAAAAUUAGUAAAACCGCGAGCCUACUUCGCAAAACGCAGUCGCAUUUCUUAGUCUCCCCUGAGAAACUGGACAAGGCCACGAAAAGGGUUAUAGCUCCAUACGCACAGAUAGUGAGGAAAGGGUUAAAAGAAGAGAGGAAAGAAGGGACAUACUUGGAUAUAAAUAGGUUUAAUGUGUUUUUGGAAGAUACAGUUGAUUUGGAUUCGCUGCUGUAUGAGACUGCUAUGGUAUUGAAGACUGUUACUAAUAGUUCUGGAGCGUUUGUGUACAUAGUGAAUAAAGUGAACAACGAACUGGUACUGAUGCCAAAAAAUACGAAAAAUCCAGCGAGACAUGAAGUCAACAUUCCGAUUGAAGAGGGCAAGAUGGCAGCAGCCCACGUGGCGUCCACCAAGGAAUACCUCGUACUAGACGACGUGCAGCGCGACCGGCGCUUCUCCUCGGGCCUUCGCUGGAUUGAUGCCAAGACCGCGCUCGUCAUGCCAGUACUGCAGCCUGAUGGAGAUUUAUAUGCUGUGCUAGAGCUGUAUAGGACGCGUGCGGAACCCUAUGAUGCGAACGUGGUAUACACGGUGGUGAGCGUGGCCUGCUGGGCAGGCGCAGCGGCGCACCAGGCUGCCGCGCGCAUCACGCUACAAAAGACUGGCCAUCUGAACGCAGAGCUACGCACUUUGCUCAACAGUUACUUCUGCAACUUGGCGUCUAUUGACACAAUGCUUACGGACAUGCUGGCUGUAGUAAAGUCCUUUAUGGGUGCCAUGCGGAGUAGCUUCUAUAUAAUCAACCGCGAGCACGCCGAGCUGACGGCUGACAUGUGGGACGACGGCUGGGCAGAGAACACUUCCAUGCCCCGCAAGAAGACUAAAAUCGACUUGAAAGCCGACCAGACCCCGGCAGGCCUAGUGGCGCGGACCGGGGUUUCGCUCAACGUGCGAGAUGCGUAUAAAGACCCUCGGUUCACGAAAGAGGUUGACCCUACUACCGGCACUGUCGUUCGAUCGUGCCUGGCUAUGCCGAUUAUGGAUAAGAAGGGAGUUAUUGGAGUGGUCCAACUCACUAACAAAAAGAACGCGAAACCGUUCGAGGCCGAAGACGAGGAGAUAUUCAAAGUAUUCGUCAGCUACUGCUCUCUCAUCGUACAGUUCUAUCACAUGCACCAGGAGAAGAUCUACCAUGAAAACCUCAACCACGUGUACUGCGACCUGAUGCAGGUGCACCUGAAGCCGUGCCGACACGACUUCGACGAGCUCAUGGAGACCAACGGGAUCGUUAUACCGCCGAACAAUUUUAAUACGUACGAGUUCCACAUAAGCGAGAUCAGCAAAGAGGACAUGCCCGGGCUCGUGUGCUACAUGUUCAGCGAAACCUUCAUGGAGAAGAGUUUCGACCGCACGCGAAUGGCGGACUUUGCGCUGACCGUGCUCGGAUGUUACCGGCCCAACCCUUACCACAACGCAGAACACGCGUUUUGUUUCACGCACACUAUGUAUAUGAUUCUUCUCACGAACCCGGGACACUUUGAUCCUAUUGAGACAGCGGCACUACUCCUGUCCGGGCUGUGCCACGACCUGGACCACCCCGGCGUCAACAACAACUUCCUCGUGCUCAUCAACCACCCGCUCUCGCAGAUGUACAGGACCUCGCUAUUGGAAUACCACCAUUACUUCCUAGCCAAGAAACUUAUUGAGGAUAAGAAAAUCAUAUCAAAGAUGCCGCCAGCCGAUCAGGAGCGCCUACUAGAGGAGAUUAGAUACGACAUUCUCUGCACGGACCUAGCUGUGUACUUCCAAGUGAGGGCUCAGCUCGCCAACAUAGUCGCCGAAGGAACCUUCGACUGGAAACUGUCCACACACAGGAACCUACUAAAGGGAAUACUUAUGACAACAAGCGACCUCUCUGGAUGCUGCAAGCAGUUUGGCGUUGCUAAAGCUAUAACGGCUUGUAUCUAUGAGGAGUUUUACAAUCAAGGUGACAAAGAGCGUGAGAUGGGCUACACGCCACUCAGCAUGAUGGACCGCAAGCGCUCCUUGAACCAGCCAGCCGAGCAGAUACAGUUUCUCUGCGUGGUGGUGAUGCCUUGCCUACUGUUGCUUCAGCAUGUCUUCCCCAAUACAGCUCAGCUUGCGGAUAGUUGCAGAUCCACCCAAGAAUCGUGGCACGAGGAGAUCGAGAUCCGCGGCCAGAAGCUGUGGAAACAGGACGAUUCCCUCGUGAGCUUUGGACGCAAAAUCAUCAAAUACACCCCACAGGAGUAGGCGGACGAUUGAAUAUGCACCUUAUAGCGAGGAGCUAAGCUAUGUUUGUUUUCGCUUUGUACAGUGUAAUACUUUGUCUGGCAUACCUAUCGUGGCACAAAGUAGUUGAAUAUAACUAGCUGAUGAUCAUAAGGCCUUUAACAUCUUGACAGAUGAUUUUAUGCAACGAUUGUAUGUGAGGAACAACGUCUCUCGUGGCUGUAUAAGCCAUUGCGGGACCGGCAUUUGCGACCACAUUUGUGACAGCUAAACGAGGGAGCCAAGUCGGCAACAACUUCAGAUAGCUGAUGAUACCGGUGUGAAAAUGAGGCAGAUAAGUGGCCGCGGUUUAAAUACUUAUACAUAUUACAGUAGAUAAGCCGGGGCUAAUUCGUUCUGUAACGUAAUGUGUACUGAUUUCCUUAAUAUCCUAUGAGAACAGUUGCCUAAAAAUAGGCAAGCCGGUGGGAAUCGACUUCUUCCGACACUACACCACUGUUAUUAUAGUCUAUACUUUUUUUUAUAUAUGGCUUUUUAUUAAUUUGCCAGUUAAACGUUCCAUAUGGAUCUAAAAAGUAUAGGAACAGAUUAAAACAGAACGGUAACGAAUUCCCACUGUAUGACAGCAGCACCGAAGUUUAAACGUCUGCCGUGCCCCUCUAAUUCAACGCCGAUGAUGCGUUCUCUUUCUCGUCCACUGGCAAGCGUAUUCUAAUUUUAAUAAGAGGAUGUGUAUUAGAUUAUUAGGAUUAAAUAUGGCUCAGAUCUGUCAGAAUCAAAAGUGACGUUUUUGGUUGAAGAAAAUGUCACUUGACACUGACAGAUCAGAUAUCUAAUUCACAUCCUCUUAGGGGUCAUCCGUAAAAUUACAUUUUUCAUACAUACGAACUUUAUGAUUGUUUGACCCCUCCCUUCCUCCUUGUCACAAUUGGUCACAUUUGGCAACCCCUUCGCCUGGUAUGACGUUACAUAUUUGGCAAUUUUAUUCAACAAAAUCAGCAAUUAUCAUUAUUUUAGUAAAAAAAUAUUUUUAAUAAUAGCGUUAUUUGACAUUUUAUGUUCCGAAACCGAUUAGGAAUUAAAAUUUCACGAUUAAAAACGAUAUAUCAUUGCAAAAACUAGUUAUUUACCUGUACAGCGAAUAAAGUAAAUUCUAAAUAAUUUUCGGUUACAGGUGAAAGUGACAUCACAAAAUUUGUGACUCCCCCUCCCAUCCCUCAACGUGUCGUAAUUAAUGGAUGACCCCUUAUUAAAAUACGCCUCAAGACUGCCUCUAGCUGCUCAGAGCAGUCGCGAGCCGAACAAUUGAGUGAUAUACCACUGGGUAUGGGUAACUUCAGCUAGUUUGUGCUUUGUUUGCCUAUCCAUUCUAAGUUUGAAUGUGAAUAAAUAUUUAAGUUUUGAAAAGCUGAA